AUGUUAUAUGCCGUGGAAAUUUGGUGCAGCAAAUUACCUAAAAAAAGACCAACCGCUGUCAUAUCUGUUAUGAGAGUUUUACUUAGACUUUUCUUGUAUAAUGCUGGUCCUCUUUCGUCAUUAAAACUUGCGACAAUCGGUGAGGAUUAUCAUGAUGAAAAGUGUAUGAUUCUGACUGAACCUGAAAUUAAGGGCCUGAUUACCUCUGUGAGAACCCUUUCGCUUGACGGUUUCGAUUAUAAUCAGCAAGGUUUACUGCUUAGACUACCGGACUUAUGCCAGAAUGUGGAAAAUCUAUGCCUCCGCGGAUGGUAUGGUCACCAACAGCACAAGGUCGGUGCAGCACCCGAUGACUCUGCUGCAAUCUCGUUGCGAAGAUUAAUAAAGGCACAAAGGAAUCUGAAAACCCUUGACAUGAUUGAUUGCAAAUCAUAUCUAGGUUACAUAAUAUCCGCACUGGAUACACAAUCGAUAUCACUGAAGACGAUGAAAUUUCGGUUGGUGGAUUUUCAGGAUUGUGGACCAUGGGAAGGAUUGGCGUCUUGUCUGAAUUUAAGGAGUUUGGAAUUUUGGUUUUGCAAGGGAAUUACUCAUAAGAUGAUCAAACCACUGUUGAAUGGUGGAGUAUUUAGUGAAUUGGAGGAAGUCAAACUAUCACAGUAUGGAGGUGGGAUAUUUGCCCGUUCUAAAGAUUAG